AUGAGACAUCAUCAAAAUAUGCACUACGCCCCACAACAACAACCGAUUUAUGUUCAACAGCCCCCUCCUCAGAGAGAAUCUGGUGGCUGCUGCAGAACUUGUUGUCAUUUCCUCUGCUGCCUCUGUUUAAUUAAUCUAUGUUGUGACGUUUUCUGA